AUGACGACAUUUCGAAUAGCUGGAAUAUGUGGCUCACUUCGAAAAGCUAGCGUUAACAAAAAGCUUCUUUUGCGAGCCCAGCAGUUAUGUGCCGAACGUAUUCCAAGUGCUGUGAUAGAAAUUGUCGAUUGGAGCGACAUUCCAGUGUAUAAUUGGGAUCUAGAAGAGAACCCUCCAGAAUCCGUGAUACGGUUUAAGAACGACAUUGCAGACAGAGAUGCUAUGUUGUUUAUUACACCAGAAUACAAUUGGAGUGUUCCUGGACCGUUGAAAAAUGCUCUAGAUUGGGCAAGUAGAGUCCGGCUAGGGGAUCGAGGAGACGUGUUCAAGGGGAAGGCUGUUGCUGUGAUGGGUGCCUCACCAGGUUCUGCGCCUGGUUCCUCUGGCAGCGGGAGAGCACAGCUAAUUCUACGACAGUCGUUCGUAUCUCUCAAUUGCUAUUGCAUAAAUCUGCCAACUGUCAUGGUGACCGAUGCAUACAAUGCAUUCAACGAAGACGGUAGUCUAAAGAAUGUUCGCCUUGAAAAUAACAUAGUAUCAGUGUUGGAACAGUUGAUAGCACUUGGGGAAAAGUCAAAGAGCUGA